GUAUGGAUAGAGCAGGCUGUGCAGGCACAAGUUACCGAGAUGAUGCUGGCCCUGAAUGUCCAUCUGCUCUUGUGGGUAUUUGGCUGCGUUCAUUUUAUAGAUGCUGAGACCAUAACUGCAUCUCUCACUAGAGGAGGCCCAGCAGAUACUACAGCCACGCCACGAAUCACAGCCAGCGUCACAGCAGGUAUCGUUUCCUCACCAUCGCCAGUCCCUGCAGGCCAGAACCACAGCUCAGGCGCUUCGAAACAAGUGACCUCUACAACCAUCGCCUCUGCCUGGAGCACAGGAUCUUCCCUCUCAGACCCUGCCCCGACGGAGGAAAAAUCGGCUCUGACGAUGGCAGCGUUUGGUGUCAUCAGCUUCAUAGUCAUUCUGGUAGUUGUUGUUAUCGUCCUGGCCAGCGUGGUCAGUCUGAAAUUCAAGUGUAACCGUUCCAAAGAUGCAGAAGAUAAACAGAAGCCGGGGAGCUCCGUGGUAUCUGAAAGCAGUUGCUCUCCUGCUACAGCCAAGGACAGCAUCACUCUGAUCUCCAUGAAGAACUUAAGCAUGAACAACAGUACAAGUUACCCCUCUUCGGAAAAGGUGUUAUGAAGACAGGGACAUGACAGGAGCCAUGAGGAAACACUACUAGCUAAUCAGCACUGACUUUCUAUUUUGGCAGGGGGAGGCAUUUCCUUUAUAAGUUAUUACAUCCCUUCCAAUCAAUAUAUUUACUCUAAAAUCAAGCUCAGUAACCCCAUGUGGGUCAUAAGAGUUUUCUCCAGCUGGAGCCAGCCUCUCAUAAUGUUUGAUGUUCUAACUAUAUUUCUGAUAGGCACACAAACUUUCAGUGUGUUCUAGCAGCUCCUAGGGGGAGGAGAGCCAAACCUACAACUUCACCGAUGACAUAGACCACUCCCUUAAUGACCCUUUGGCAUCUGUGCCAGACAAUCAUUGGCUUGCCCCACAGCUGAUCACAAACAUCCCAGUUCAGCUUUGCACUGAAAGGCAUGAUCCAAAGCCCAUUGAAACAAACAAAAAGACUCCCAUUAACUUCAGCAGGCAUGGAUCAGGCCUGAAGU